GCUGUCAACUCACCCAGAACAAUCCUAAGACCGCCCCACUUCAUACAUUGGAGUGGCCAGCACGCCCAUGGCAACGUAUCCACAUAGAUUUUGCGGGAAAAUUCUUGGGAACAAUGUUUCUCAUUGUCGUGGAUAGCCACUCAAAAUGGCCCGAAGUAAUACCAAUGACUACUACAAACGCUGCAAGAAUAAUUGAGGAACUAAGAAAGCUGUUUGCGACACACGGAUUACCACAACAACUGGUCAGUGAUAACGGCCCACAAUUCACAUCAGACGAAUUCAGAACAUUCCUGAGGAAUAAUGGUAUCAAACACAGAAGGUCAGCACCGUAUCACCCAGCUACAAAUGGAAGCGCUGAACGUUUUGCACAGAAAUUCAAACAAGCUCUACCCGCAGCACUGACUGAGAAGAAAACCCUCUCCUGGAAGCUGGCAAACUUCUUGCUAGCCUACAGAACGAUACCACAUGCGCUGACUGGAGAGGCACCAGCGGUACUCCUCAUGGGAAGAAACCUAAGAAUGAAAAUCGACAUACUGAAGCCUAACAUACGGAAGCGAGUGGAAGAAAAGCAGCAAGACCAAGAGUUACGAUCCAGCCACAACCCUACCCGUGAGUUAACCGUAGGUCAAGCUGUCGUUGCACGAAACUACAGAAGCGGAGAUAAGUGGGUUCCUGGUAUCAUCACAGCUCACCCUGGACCCUUAUCCUACGAAGUCAGAGUCGGACCAAAUACAGUAUGGCGACGACAUAUUGAUCAACUCAAGGAGAGAGCCAUCCGCUUUAAUGUUGCACGGAACACGAAGAUGCCAAAAUUGCGCCGUGGAGAUUUUGGAAAAAGUCCCGAGAAUCGCACUCCUGGAAUUCAACGUUUUUCCUAUGGAGUGGGACACGCAUUAGGUGAAGUCAUAAGGCAGCUUGUUAACUCGUUCAGAUUGGUUUUCUUCUUGAAAGUACUAGGCCUGUCUGCGGCUAAUGCUGGAUGGAUGAAACUUUUUUGCUAUUGUUGUUUAAUUGUGCUAUCGCCAUUUGGAGCGUUCUUGGUGGACCGGGUCAAGAUUCCCAUUUUGUCCCUGAAGCUUGGAAGAAAGAAGUCGUGGCAUCUUAUUGGAACCAUUAUAGGAGCAAUCACUACGCCUCUUUUUUACAGCUCUUGUAAAUUUUGUCAUGGUAGUCAAUGGUUGUCCUUGACGUAA